UACAGGCACAUAUAUAUAAGACAAGCAGCGGCAGUGGUCACCAGUCAAGAUCCUUCGUCCAGCUCACAACAUGAACGCUAAGGUCCUUCUUCUCCUGGUGGUGGUGGUCGCCGCCGCUGCUGACAAGCCCAGCCCAAGCUACAGUGUUCCCGUUCCGGGCUCUGACUCCCGCUCCUACGAGGACUCGUUCGAGGCGCCGAAGUAUGAGUUCCAGUGGAGUGUGGACGACAGCGAGUCUGGCAACAACUACGGCCACCAGGAGGCGCGUGACGACGAGCACACGCAGGGCGGCUACUACGUGGACCUGCCCGACGGCCGCAAGCAGAACGUGAAGUACGUGGUGGACGGCGACUCCGGCUUCCUGGCGGAGGUCACCUACGAGGGCGAGGCGCGCUACUCCUCCGAGGAGUCCCGAGAGUACUCGCCCCCAAGGCCCACCUACGCGUAAAGGCCGCGCCGCACUCAGGAUCCAUACGACAGACUAUGGACCCUGGCCGCACUGACCACGCCGCCCUUCAUCCCGAUCAUUCACCCGCGACUCUCGACACGCGCGCUGCCGGCAUGCGUCCGCCUCUUCUUGUAAUCUAUUCUAUCUUAUUUAUAUUAUUUUCUUAAAUAAAUGUAUCUCAUGUUAA